AUGGCAACCAUCGUCAUCGUCCCAGGCUCCUUUGCCCCAGCAGACCUCUACACGGAAUUCGUGGGGGUUCUCGGCAAACACGGUCUCGAGGCACUGGUCGUUGACACCCCCUCUGUGGGACGGCGAGGAAAGGACCCUGCCACCAUGACAGAUGACGCGGAUGAGAUCACCAGAGUUGUAUUGCCUCUCAUAGAUCGGGGCAAAGAAGUGAUUCUGGUUGCACAUUCGUACGGCGGCAUCCCAACAACGCAGAGUCUGGAAAAUCUGUCACAGACCGCCCGUAGUGCUCAAGGCAAGAACGGCGGAGUGAAGAAGGUGAUCUACAUGACGGCAGUCAUUCUGCAGGUCGGAUCAUCGAACUUUGAGUUGUUCGGGGGAAACAUGCCUGACUGGGUGUCUGUGAGCGUGCGUGAACUCCCACACCGAAAGGACGACUACAUGACCGUCUCAGCUGCGGCGAAUGCUCCACUUACAUUCUCCGACCUCGCGGAAGAUGAGGCUUUGAAAUGGGCGAAUCGAAUGUCGGUGCACUCGACCCCGAGCUUCAGGGGAAAGUUGACGUACCCGGGCUAUAACGACGUCGAGGUCCACUAUAUCUUCUGCGAGGAGGACAAAAUCAUUCCGCCUCAGUUCCAGCAGGCAAUGAUUGAGGUAAUUAAGUCAUCGAGCGGCAAGGAGGUAAAGGUGCAUAACCUCAAGAGCGGACACUGUCCAACUCAUAGUCAGCCGGAUAGUUUGGCAAAUAUCUUGAAGGAAGUUGCACAGGGUGCAUGA